UGUCUCCUCAGGGCGGCCAUGACAGCUGCUCUUGUUUUGGUUCACCUGGUGAGGGUCUCUGGCGUUCUGCGUUCAGAUUGAUCUGACGCAACAGAAGGGGCGCGAGGAGCCGCUUACCCUGCUGCACCGUUGCGAGUCCGCGGCUCGGAAACGCCGCCCGGGCUGCCCCGCGCCGGGGACAGAACAGGGACCCCCGGGCCGGCUGUCCGCUCCCCACCCCGAGUCCGAUGACGGCGGCGGCGUCCAGGGCCCCGACGCAGGGCAGGGUGACCUUUGAAGACGUGGCCGUGUACUUCUCCUGGGAGGAAUGGGGUCUCCUUGAUGAGGCUCAGAGAUGUCUGUACCAGGAUGUGAUGCUGGAGAACUUGGCACUUAUAACCUCCUUGGGUUGUAGGCUUGGAGCAGAUGAGGAGGAGGCCCCAGAGCAGAGAGUGUCUGUGCAAGGAGUGUCACAGGUCAGGAUUUUGAAGGCAGUUGUGUCCCCCCAAGAGGUCCAUCCUCGUGAGGUGUGUGGCCAGGACCUGAGAGACAUUUUGCUCUCCACCGAGCACCAGGCAACACUUUGUGGACAGAAUCACUACCAGAUUGGGGCCUGUGAGAAACAGUGGUAUUUUGGUGCAAACCUUCAGCACCAGAAGCAGCACACUGGAGAGAAAUGCUUCAGAAGCAGCAUGGGCAGAGCCUCUUUUGUGAAGGACAAUGAAUUCUGUGUAUCAGGGAAACCUUUUUCCUGUGGGGAGGUUGUGAGGGACAGCUUGGCCACCUCAAGACUGCUCCAGCAUCAGGCCACACACACCAGGGAGAAGUCAUGCAGGAGAACCGAGUACGGGGCAUCCUCUCAUGGAAGGAAAGCACAACACAACUGGGGAAAAGGCACGCAGGACUUCACUUGCACACAUGCACUUGUUCAUCCCCAGAGAGACCUCCCUAGAGAAAGAUGCUUCAUGUGCAGUGAAUGUGGUAAAUCUUUUAGCAAAAGCUACAGCCUCAGUGACCACUGGAGAGUGCACACUGGGGAAAAGCCUUACGAGUGUGGGGAAUGUGGGAAGUCCUUCAGGCAGAGCUCUAGCCUCAUUCAGCACCGGAGAGUUCACACUGGAGCAAGGCCUCACGAGUGUGAUGAAUGUGGGAAAUUAUUUAGCAACAAGUCCAACCUCAUUAAACAUCGGAGAAUUCACACUGGAGAACGGCCCUAUGAGUGUAGUGAAUGUGGGAAAUCCUUCAGUGAAAGCUCUGCACUCCUUCAACACCGCAGUGUUCACACUGGAGAAAGGCCUUAUGAGUGCAGUGAAUGUGGGAAAUUCUUUACCUACCACUCCAGUCUCAUUAAACACCAGAGGGUUCACUCAGGAUCAAGGCCCUAUGAGUGCAGCGAAUGUGGAAAAUCCUUCACUCAAAACUCCAGCCUCAUUGAACACCGUAGAGUUCACAGUGGAGAAAGGCCUUAUAAGUGCAGCGAAUGUGAGAAAUCUUUUAGCCAAAGCUCUGCGCUGCUUCAACAUCGGAGAGUUCACACGGGAGAAAGGCCUUAUGAGUGCAGCGAGUGUGGGAAAUUCUUUACUUACAGUUCCAGUCUUCUCAAACACCAGAGAGUACACACUGGAUCGAGACCUUAUGAGUGCAGUGAAUGUGGAAAAUCCUUCACUCAAAACUCCAGCCUCAUUAAACACAGGAGAAUUCACACUGGAGAAAGACCUUACAGGUGCCACGAAUGUGGCAAAUCCUUUAGCCAUAGUUCUAGCCUCAUUAAGCACGGAAAAGUGCACACUGGAUAAAGGCUUUAGGAGUACAGUGACUUUGGGAAACGUUUGACGUGUCUUCCAUUUCAGUGACCAUUCAAAUUUUCACAUUGAAAAAGGCUUUGUGAGUAUUUGAACGUAGGCUAAUAUUUACCUAGAAGUCCAAGCUCUUACAACACCACGUUAUCUCCUUAAAUGAAAGCCUGCGAAUGUGGUGGAAAUUGUGGGAAGUGGCCAACCAGAGGCUAGCCUCAUUGCACUCCAGAGAACUCGUAGUAGUGAAAGGCCUUCUGAAUGCAGUGACUCUGGGAGAGCCUUCACCCGAAGGACUCACCUCAGAGGAUAUCACAAAUUGCAGAUGGGAGAACUACCUUAAAUGUGCAGGUAUUUAUAAGUGGAAUGUAACAACACUGGAAGAGGUCCCUUGUGAGGGUGCCAUUUGCCUGUGUUGAAGCUCACGCAUUCAAACAUCUGUAUAAAUCUCAGGUGUGCGGCAGCUGCAUCGUACUUUUCCAACCUGCCCAGGGCCAUCCCCAUUGUCAGGGCAAUUGCUGGGUGACUAACGAGUUGCCUGAGCACUGACUCCUUUCCUAUUUUUCCUCCCUGAAGAGAAGGCAUGGAUCUCACCCAGUUUUGUCCUAGAGGAUUAUUGGUGAUUUGAAAAGGUGGACUACAUUAUUCGGGGACAUUGUGGUCCUUGUGAAACUCUCUGAUGAUGCAAUCCCCCAGUCUCCCAAGUCACCAACCCAGGAACAGUCUGCCUCCCAUCGCUCGUGCUUUGUGACAGUAAAGAUCGUAUUAAGCCACCAUUAAUCUUUGCUUGUUUUUUUUUUUUUUUUGGUAAGUGUCUUUACUUUUUUUUUCUUUAAGAUUUUAUUUAUUUAUUCAUGAGAGACAGAGAGAGAGAGAGAGAGAGAGAGGCAGAGACACAGGCAGAGACACAGGCAGAGAGAGCAGCAGGCUCCAUGCAGGGAGCCUGACGUGGGACUCAAUCCCAGGUCUCCAGGAUCACACCCUGGGCUGAAGGCGGUGCUAAACUGCUGAGCCACCCGGGCCCCCCUAAGCCACCAUUAAUCUUGGGGAGUCUGUUCACUGUGUGUGUGUGUUGAGAGCAACUAUUUGCUAGCAUGAAGGGAUGAACAGAGUUGUGUACCUCAGAAGGGACUGUAUGAUGGCAGAAGAUAGCUGUUCAAAGCCUUUGGCUGCUCAGAGCCUUUAAGGAAAGACUACAGGGCUCUGUGGUCCUAACUUAUAGUUGGAUGCCAGGAUGUUUUGUGGGGUUGGCAUUUCAACCCAAAGAGGAGGCAAUUGUUGGUUAUUUGACAACCUUCAGUGCUUCUGAGCAACGUGAUCCUGUUCUCUUGUUCACGGGGGUAUGGAUGGCAUGGUGCUCAGCGCUGGUGAAGGAAAUCUAUUCCCCAGGCCCAGCAGCAGAGCCACGGGUCUUGGUAUCCUGAAUUCUGAAGGGUAACAUCACUAGUUUUGAGAGUGUAAUGCCAGGGGAAUGAUCAUGGUCCCAGAAACACUGGAUUAAUAGUGCAGGAGACCAAGAAAGUGGUUGGAAUGUGCCUCUUUGAGAAGAGCAUGCACAAUGUUUAGGCACCAGGACUAUGAAGGAUGGGUAGGUUCAGAAAUUCUCAGGACCUCCAGAAGGAUCUAUCCUGUGUAGCUGAGGACCUGUCAGAAAAAAUACUCUAAAGGUUUUGUGGAUUCCUUGGUGCCUCUGGGCUGUCCAAAGGCCAUUACUGUGCGUGGCAGCAAAACAGGACAGAGACAGGAGAGAUCUCUUAGUGCAGCAAUGAGGUCUUUGUGACUCAGCCAGUAUCCCUGUUUAAUGAACUGGAAACACCUUCACUGCUCACCUAUUUUUGCUACCACUGAGGCAAGUUCCUUCUGAUGAGGAGACAGACGGUGGAGUCACUAUGGUGGCAAACUUGUUCUAAAGCGUAUGGAAUCCAGACAACUUGAAUCAUAUACUUUUCUUAAGUUAUAAUAAGGUGUAAAUGGCAUUCAGUGUCCAUCAUUAAAUUGUUGCAAUUUGAUAUUUUGACAUUCACAUAAACCCAUGAAGCCAUCAAUCAUGAUUAAUAAGCCUUUUCAUCACCCCCACAUUUACUUUGUGACCUUUAAUAAUCUCUCCUGGAGGCAGGCAUUGAGUUGCUUUUCAUUAUACUAGAUAAGUUUGCAUUUUCUAGAAUUUCUAUGAUUGAAGUCUUAAAGCGUUUCGUCCUCCUUUUCCUUGGGUCCCCUCAUGUGACAUACUCAUUUUAAAAUUCACCUAUGAUGCUUAUAUGAGCAGUCCAUUCUUUGUCUCUUUGAGAAGUAUGUUUUAUCGACAGUGCACUAUUUAUGUAUUCAUGUGUUUAUGGAUAUUUUAAUUGCUUCCAGUUUGGAUGGCUGUAGGUAAAACUGCGGCAGAAGGGGCGCCUGGGUGCCUCGUUGGUUAAGCAUUCUGACUUUUGAUUUCGGCUCAGGUCACGAUCUCAGGGUUGUGAGCUCAAGCCCAGUGAACCCUGUGUUGAGCUCUGCUGUGGGUGUGGAGCCUGCUUAAGAUUCUCUCUCUCCCUUUCCCUCUGCCCCACCCUCCCUUCCUGGCGACUGCCCACCUCUGCCCUGCUGGGGCUUUCUGAGUAAAUAAAUAAAAUUGCAACCAUCCCCCAAAUCCCUAAAAACCCUUCUUAAAAAAAAGAAAAGAGAAAAAAAAAAACUGCUAUUGGAUUUGGAUACCACUGUUCCUAUUGGUAUUGUUCCUUUCUCUUGUCCAUACUGGAAUCCCAGUGUAGGUGAAUGAAUGUAUGACCUCUUAAAGAAUACCAAAUUGUCAUGGAAAAUGAUUAUUCCUUUUGUAUUCCCACUUGCAGUGUAUGAGAGUUCCAGUUCUCUGGUAUCUUUGCACAGGCAGAGGAAGUAGCAGGCUCCACGCAGGGAGCCCAACACAGGACUGGAUCCAGGGUCUCCAGGAUCACACGCUGGCUGAAGGCGGCGCUAAACUGCUGAGCCACCCAGGCUGCCCUUUAGAAACAUAUUCUGAAGGGGUUAGGCGUGAAUGACAAUGUCUGGUAUCAUAAAGAAAUCACUAAGUGCAUAGGGUAGAUGAAAGAGCAACCAUAGAAUGAUAAAUAAUGACAGAAUAACAACUUUCUAAUAGUCUUUUCGGUUUUGGGAAUAUAUUUGAAAAUGCCAUUACGAAGAGUAGAAUAUGUCCUGUUAGGAGUAAUCUGCUUCUUACUGACCUGCUAUAAAUCAGAGGCUCCCCUGACCCCUCCUCUUACUUGACUGUCUUGCUGGGGUGGCUCACAGGACUCUGGGAAGUAUGUUUACCGGCAGAUGAAGAAGUUCAUAGGGUGAGGUACAAAAGGGUCUCCAGUGCAGGAGCUUCUGUCCUCAUGGAGCCUUGAUGUGCCACCCUCCAGGCAUGUUUACAAAUAUAGAGGCUCCUCAAUUGUUCAAGAGUUUUUAUAGAGCUUUAAUUUCCAGCUCCAGCACUUUCCCAAGGGGAUCAGCGGAGGGGAUUCAAGUUCCAGCCCUCUAAUCCUGGUGUGUCUGAUGACCAUUCCCCAUCCUGAUUAGGGUCCCCCCGCCAAUAUACCUCAUUAGCGUAAAUUCAGGUGCUCAAAAGGGGGCUCCUUAUGAAAUACACAAGAUACUCCUAUAUUCCAGGAGUUAACAAGGGUUGUAGGAGUUAUGUGCCAGGAACAGGACACAUGGGACCAAGACCAAAUAUAUUUCUUCUUGUAUCACAUUGAGUAAGUAUUAAGUUGGACUGUGAUGUGCACAAGAAAUCAGCAAAGACAUUGCAAAGACAGAAAAAAUCUCACCCUGUUAUACAAACAGAACCCAUUACAUAUGUAUUUUUAAGAUAAAUAGAACCUGUCCUCAAGUAAGGUCACUUGACAGCACGUUUGUCACACACAGUUUAUCCUAACUUUAUGUUUGUUUGUUUGUUUUUUCCUAACUUUAUGUUUGUAACCGGAGUAGCCAUAUGUGUUAUUUUAUUGAUUUUUUAUAGAGGAAAAGGAAAUUUA